AACGCAAAUAUGCGUGCACAUACAAUUAAGUGUUAGACCAGAUGCACAUCGUAUAACGCAACUGAAGUCGAAUACUGGCCAUUUUAGUUCAUUUUGAAAUCCUGUCUGGACGCUUUCUUAAGGUCCUACAAAGAGAACAUGUCCGGGAAAAUGAGGACGUAUGUCACCCUAGCUAUCUCUAGUCAAAUCAACACAGCCACCUAGCCACCGGAUACUUAAUUCAACACAAUUGAAAACCACCGUCCAAAUCAUAGACUGUGGUCCAAACACGCGAGAGUGCGAUUACUACACUGUAGGCGUAAGAAAAUGGAUUUAUUUGACGAUCUUCCAGAACCAUCGCAAAGCACAGGUGAAUCAAGGAUUCAAUCACCUAAGGCAGAUGACAGAGGUUCUAAGAGGAAACUCGAGCCUUGCCAUGACGAGAAAGAGGUGGAAGAAAAGAAGUGGGAGGAAAAGAAAGUUUGUAAAGGACUACCAUCUCUGAAGGGGUAUUUUGCAGCAAGGAGAGGUGAAAGAGAUGAGAUGCAAGAUGCUCAUGUCCUCCUACCUGACAUUAACUCUUGCCUAUCUUCCCUGCCAGCACAAGUGUCUCGUGUAGCCUACUUUGCUGUGUUUGACGGACAUGGCGGAGCUCGUGCCUCUCGCUUUGCUGCUGAGCAUCUCCAUCACACCCUUGCACUUAAAUUUCCUAAAGGAGUAACUGAAAACCUAGACAAACUGGUUAAGAAAUGUCUACUAGAUACCUUCCGGCAGACAGAUGAAGACUUUUUGAAAAAAGCUUCCAGCCAGAAGCCAGCCUGGAAGGACGGGACAACAGCCACCUGUGUGCUGGUGGUCAAUGAAAUGGUGUAUGUUGCGAACCUUGGAGACAGCAGGGCUGUGCUGUGCAGAAUGGAGCAGGAGGAGAAGGUCAAUGAAAAGAAGUGUGUGACUUUAGCUCUCAGCAAGGAACACAACCCCACCAUCUAUGAGGAGCGCAUGAGGAUCCAACGUGCUGGGGGCACUGUCAGAGAUGGUCGGGUGCUUGGUGUGUUGGAAGUAUCCCGCUCCAUUGGCGAUGGCCAGUACAAGCGCUGUGGAGUAAUUUCCACACCAGACCUAAGGCGCUGUCAGCUCAACCCCAAUGACAGGUUUAUCCUUCUGGCAUGUGAUGGACUAUUCAAAGUAUUCUCUGCAGAGGAAGCUGUUCAAUUUGUCGUCAGUGUGUUGGAGGAUGGGACUUUGGAGAGGAAGGAGGGUCAGACAGAGGAGGAAAGCCACUAUGAAGCAGCUUGCCAGCGACUAGCUAAUGAGGCUGUGAGGAGGGGCUGUGCAGACAACGUCACCGUUAUUUUGGUGUCUAUUGGUUUUUGAAAACAUUACCCUGACUCUUGUUCCUCUUGGGACAUCACAGGUUCUGCUCUGCUGCAUCUGCUCCAUGACUAUAUGAACAGAGAAAGUAUUCAUGCUAAAACUCCUAAAACAUGGAGGUGUUCUAAUCUCUAAAUGUGAACUGUUUAUUGACCAUCCUGCUCCCUAAUGAUUUGCUAUAUCAACCACUCUGAUUUGUGUCCAUGUUGUAAGUUUGCCUUUCUUAUUAAAACGUUGUCUCUGACCUGCCA